GCAUGUGGCGGCUUUGCCAGUCAACACCUGGUGGACGAUAAAGUAGAGGUGCAUACUGAUCUGCACUAUGUGAUAGCAAACGGACCUGCAAAACACAACCAUGGCCAAAUGGACCCUGAAAUUCAAAGUGGUGGCGGUCUGCGCGGUGCUGACUCUGCCGUACCUCGUUGUUCACAGCUUCCUAAGUGGCAGGGACGGCAAAGCAAUGAAGACAGUCAGCAGUCAACUCGAUGGAAUUAGACACAUUCGUCGGGCCCAAAAAGUGCCUCUUUCCGUUGCACAUUUAAAUACAUCGGCGGGCAGCCGGAGCACAGCUGCGGGAACAGCAACGCCAGCGUCAGCUGCGUUCGCGAGACACCUGCAUGAUGGGCUCUUGAAUGCCACGCGGUAUGCGGAGCCUAAUGUGCCGCUCAAGAAGAUUCUCUUUUGGAACAAGUUAAAGAAGUCCUCCUACUACGGCUUCGGGCCUGGUAGGGAGCCUUUCGUCAGGGCAGGAUGUCGCGUGAACGCUUGCACUGUAACACGCAAUCGGUCCCUCUUCACGCACGACCAACUAGACGCCGUCGUCUGGCAUGCUCGCUCAAAGGACUUGUCACUGCCAAGCAAAAGAUCGCCUCAUACGCGUUUUGUGUUCAUGAUGAUGGAGCCUCCCGGCCACAUGCACGUCCCCCACUGGAGACUAAGGAACGUCUUCAACUGGACGCUGAGCUAUAGGCACGAUGCUGAUAUCCCGAUGCUGAUUGGGCGCGUGCUGGAGCGAAAGCAAAAGGAUGUAAGCCUCAAACCUAUCAACUAUGCUGUUGGGAAGACCAAGAUGGCUGCAUGGUUCGUUUCGAACUGCAAAACUGACAGCAGUAGAUCCAGACUGACCAAAACGCUACAGCAAUACAUCAGCGUUGACAUUUACGGCCACUGCGGUCCUUUCGAAUGCCCACGGUCCCGCUCUGCAAACUGCUAUUCACUGCUCGAACGCGAUUACAAAUUUUAUCUGUCAUUUGAAAAUUCACUCUGUAAGGAUUACGUCACAGAAAAGUUCUUCAAGGUUCUCUUGUAA